UACUUCACAAUUCCACCAAAACUUGCUCAUAAAAAGCAAGAAAAAAUAUCAAACACUUGUCAUAAACCAAAACCAAAAACACCCAAAAAAAACCAAUCUUCAUUUUGUCAUCCACAAAGUUUACUAUGGUUGUCUUGUCAAUACCAGCAGUUGAACAAUUUUCCAUAGUCAAGAAUUGUAAACCAAUUUCUUCAUUUUUUCCUAGUAAUAUUCCAAUAAUAGACAUCUCAAAACCAGAUAGCAAGAAUCUUCUUGUUAAAGCAUAUGAAGAAUUUGGAUUCUUCAAAAUUAUAAACCAUGGUGUUCCUAUGGAAUUUAUUAAUAAUCUUGAAUUAGAAGCCAUUAAAUUCUUCUCAUCUCCUCUUAAUCAGAAAGAAAAAGCAGGUCCUGCUGAUCCUUUUGGCUAUGGCAAUAGAAAGAUUGGAACCAAUGGUGAUAUUGGUUGGGUUGAAUACAUUCUCUUGUCAACAAAUUCUGAGUUCAAUUACCAAAAGUUUGCAUCCAUUUUGGGUCUUGACCCAGAAAAUAUUCGUGUUGCUGUUAAUGAUUAUGUAUCAGCAAUGAAGAAAAUGGCAUGUGAGAUUCUUGAAAUGUUAGCAGAAGGAUUGAAGAUUUAUCCAAAGAAUGUAUUUAGUAAACUACUAAUGGAUGAACAGAGUGACUCUGUUUUUAGGAUAAAUCACUACCCUCCAUGUCCUGAAGUUCAAGAAUUCAAUGGCAGAAAUUUGAUUGGAUUUGGUGCACAUACUGACCCACAAAUUAUUUCUUUAUUAAGAUCAAAUAACACUUCUGGACUUCAAAUUUCACUUGAAGAUGGACAUUGGAUUUCUGUACCACCUGAUCAAAAUUCUUUCUUCAUCAAUGUUGGUGAUUCAUUGCAGGUGAUGACCAAUGGAAGGUUUAAGAGUGUAAAGCAUAGGGUUUUGGCCAAUAGUUUGAAAUCAAGACUUUCAAUGAUUUAUUUUGGAGGACCACCAUUGAGUGAAAAGAUAGCACCUUUGGCUUCACUAAUAAAAGGGGAUCAAGACAGCUUGUACAAAGAAUUUACAUGGUUUGAGUACAAAAAAUCAGCAUACAAUUCUAGACUAGCUGAUAAUAGGUUGGUCCUAUUUGAGAAAGUACUAUAGCCCCAUUAUGAUUUUUUUUAUUUAUUAUUAUUUAUUAUUAUUAUUUUUUUUUUGUGAAAGAAAGUCCCACCUUGUUACUUGUAAAGAAGUAUAUGGGUUGUCAAGAUUCUCAAAUAUAGGUUUAAAGAUAGAUCAUUGGAUUUCCUAUAGAUAGCAAACUAUAUUUUCUUUCUCUUUGUUAUCCUAUCUUUUUUUGUACUCCUUAUAUUUUUUGUAACCACAUGUCUUGUUAAUAAUAUAAGUUCAAAGUCAUGAUCA